AUGAUUAAAAUUAUUUCAGAGAUUUUAUCAUAUGUACUUAUUUUACGAGGAUUCCUUUUAAAAUUUAUUGCAAUUUUAUAUCGAAUAAUUUUAAUAACUUUUUAUUACCUUUAUUCAUUCACAUCAUGGGUUUAUACAAAUAGUUUCCAAAAAAUAGUUCAAUUAUUGGAUAUAUUCCUAUUAACUCCAUUUAUAAUUAUAUUCAAGAAUAUAAUUCAAUUGUUUAUGUUACCCAUAAAUAUACCAUUGAAAUUGUUUAUGGGUAUUACAUUUAAUGAUAUCAUAUUUAAUGUCAAUACUUGGGAAGGUAUUUAUAUUUUAAUCACUAUGAUACAGUAUACAACAGUUUUAUUAAUAUGUGGCUGUAUAAUCGGUUUAGCAUUCGGUUCAAGUUUAGCUGUAAUUCAUUCUUUUAUUAAAGUACCCAGCAUUUAUAUUGACGUUCCAAAAAUUAUAUGGGAUUAUUCUCCUUCAUUAAGACCAAGAUUACAAAAAUUAAUUACUAAUAUUUUAUUAUUUUUCAAAAGUUUUAUAAAGAUACCGUCAUUUGCUAAAUCUUAUUAUCCACCAUCACCUGUACUAUCAACAACAGAUUUUAAUAAUGAUGACAUUGAAUUGGAAGAUUUGGAACCAACCCUAAUUAAAAAGCCAAAUUUGUCAAAUUUUGAUAGAAAAUCAGUUUCUUCAAAAGAAGAAGCUUUAGAAAUUGCAUCUCUACUACCAAGUGACUUCUUUCAAAAAGAAGAACCUAUUGUUUCAAAAACUCCUCAAAAGAGAAAACAAAAUUCCUAUACAUAUUAUCAUACUCCUAUUCAAUCUCCUAAUAAGAGCGACAUGUAUGAUGAAGAAGUUUCAUCACUUUCAAAUAUUUGGGAUCAAUUCGAUGAUAUACCGACAACUUUAAGAACAGAUGGUGGAAUGACAACUUUAGUCAGUAAUAUUAAUGAUUCGAUGUCAACAAAUAGAGAUACUAUAAGUAUAAGAAAAGUUAAAAAUAAAAAAUAA